AAAAAAAUAUAGUAAAACCCACCAUCAGUCGAUUGAUCCCUAGCGCGUCCUCCUAUGCGAAUCUCUCAGACUCUCGCCUCUCUCGCCGCCUUCUCUUCGAAACCGCAAGCCACACGCAUCCAAGAAGUAACGGGUUCUUUAUAACUCAAGGGCACAAUGAGGUUGGAGAAAUGCUGGUUCUGUUCCUCUACCGUAUAUCCUGGACAUGGUAUUCAAUAUGUUAGGAAUGAUGCAAAGAUCUUCCGUUUUUGUAGAGCUAAAUGCCACAAGAACUUCAAGAUGAAGAGGAACCCUCGUAAAGUUAAAUGGACCAAGGCUUACAGGCGUCUGCAUGGAAAGGACAUGACUCAGGACGCAACAUUUGAAUUUGAGAGGAAACGAAAUAGGCCAGAGAGAUAUGACAGGAAUCUCACGGAGAACACCCUGAAAGCCAUUAAGAAGAUUGAUAAAGUUAGAGUUGAUAGGGAGGCGAGACAUCAUGCAUCGAGGAUGAAGGGAAAGAGAGCCAAGGAGCAGAGAGAGGCUGCAAAGGAGCUGGAGCAGAGCAUCCACAUGGUCAAAGCUCCUGCUGCCCUCCAGCAAGAGCCAUCUCUCACCUUACCGAAGAUCAAGGUCAAGGUUUUGCAGCAGCAAUCAGAGGAAAAUUGCAUGGAAGAGUGAUAUUGUUACUAGGGAAUGCUUUUGCACUCGUAUUUGAUACCUUUUUUGUUUGGAGUUUUUUGUAUUUCUAGUUUUAUGUGUUUUUCCUCCCUCAUCAAUUUCAGAUAGUGAAAGAUCAGAGUUUUCUUAUGGAUUGUCUGUUAUGAUUGAGCAUGUCUGAAUAUGCUUUGGAAAUCAUUGUGAUCUCUGGUAUUAUACCAACUGUGUGCUAUAUGGAACUUUUUAACAAUGCUUUGGGGUUUCAAAUAGCAUUCCUGG